ACCUUUUUAUUUUUAUAUAUUUAUUUAUUUCUAUUAUUAUUUUAUUUUCCUACCGCCUCCCCCAGAAAUUGAAGGUUCUCUCUCUUUUUGUUCGUCAUUUUCCUUUUCCUGAAAACAGAGAAGAGGAUCUUUCAUCCAUUUUCCGGGAAAUACUGGACGCAACGCCCCUUCCAUUUUACUUGUAACUUAUUUCCCCCUCAUCCUUUCUCUUCAGAUCUGCGUUUUUCUUUUCAUAAAACGGAUUCUUUUUUAUUCAAUUCGAUCAAAAAAAAAAAAGUCAAUUAGUUUCUUUCUUUUAAAUGCUCCAUAUUUUUUAAAUUUCGAUUCAGCUAAAUAAAUCAAGAACCGGAGGUCAAAUAUGCCAAAGAGAGGGAGUAAAGAAAUUAGGGUAAAGAAAUAGGAUUUUUUUUUCUUUUUUAAGGAAACGGAGGAUAUGCAGAUGGAAAGGGAGAGGCGGAAUAGCAUUGCAAAUGGAGACUACAGUUACAGUACGAAUGUAAAUUAUAGUAAAUUUUGCAAUGAUUGUAGUGUUUUAGAGAAAGAAAAGAAUCAAAGUUUGCCCUCUUCUUCGUUACCGGGUGCCGGUUUCAUUGAACAUCCUGUUUCCCGGUUCGAUACUCUCGCUGGCGUCGCCAUCAAGUACGGCGUUGAGGUAGCUGACAUAAAAAAGAUGAAUGGUCUGGUUACAGAUCUUCAAAUGUUUGCUCUUAAGUCACUCCAGAUCCCUUCACCAGGGCGGCAUCCGCCAUCGCCUUGCUUGUCCAAUGGUUUCCAUACACCAGGGCAAAGCAGUGCCAACCAAACCUCGGCACAACAUUUGCCUCCUGAUUUACUUGACUCAUUCCAGUCUUUGAGACUGAAAACUCCUCCUCGAAGGGUCACCCCAGCAAUGAGCUCAUUACAAGGUUACUAUGGCCUUAAAACAACAGCAAAAAAGGCUUUAUCUGAAGGUUUUGAGAUGGAAGUAUACAGGAAAGGAGAAGCUCAUUAUCUGGAGGAUGGUCCGUUGCUUAAACCCUCAUCUGCUUCCAACCCACCUUUGAAGCUUCAUCGGAAGUGCAGAAGCAUAGCUAAUGGGUUUUAUGAUGAGAAUGGUAAAAUCGUAGCAAACAUCAAGUCUGCUGUAGAAGCUAAAGAAGGUGAAGUAGAUAAAUCGAAUGAGAAACUGAUCAGAAGACGGCAGAAAUCUGAGGUUGACUUUGUUGCCCGUACCCCUGAAAGGCUGUUGAAGGAGGAUGACACCAGCGGUGGAGGAUUUUCAGCAAUAACCGCAAAAGGCCUGGCACUGAGAUCCAAAGCAGCAAGCAGCAGUAAUUCAGGAGCUGAUGGUGAGGUUGUGGGGUUCAAUCUCGCACCAACAGGUCUUGGAGAUGGUUACGUGGUUGAUGGAUUCUCUGUAGUGAGGAAGUCAUCAAGCACAUCGAAUUUGCAAGAUCAGGACAGUAGUAGUUUGUCAUCUCUCUGGCCAGCGUCCAAAUGGAGUUUGAAGCCUGAUUUACAAGCACUUUCAACUGUAGGUAUUGCAAGACCUAUUUUUGAUGGAUUGCCAAAACCAAUGUCCGCUCGUAAAAACAAAGCCGCGCUUGAUUAGCUUCCUUCGCUUUCGUCAUAUUAUUCCCAUUUACAUAUCAAAUUUUGACUACAAGUUGUGAGGAAUAUAUUAUAGAUAGAAAAAAAAAUCCAAUAAUACGAUAGUUUCCCCUAAUUUAUUUGAAAUUGUCGAUAUAUAAAUAUAAAUAUGUAAUAUUUGUAAUUUAUUGUUUUCUCUUCACUUUUAACCGAUUUUCCAUUGCUGAGGUAUGGCUGAGUGACGAUCUUGGUUCUUUGGAUAUGUCAGACAAGAAUCAUCCACCUAAUAUUGCCUCAAUGACAUUAAUCUUAUCUGAAUUUAACAGUUAAUGUAACAAAUCCACUAUGCAAAACAAAUAUGCUUUUAUCCCAAUAUUACAACAUUCGGAAAUGUUAAUGAAUCGAGGUCAAUUUGCAAAGUGUCCAUGUAAAUCUUAUGAACCAUUUGAGAUACCACAUUUGAAUGUUG